AUGGUGGCAGGAAGCGCGGGUUGCGGUCCGCGCCCGGCCAUGCUGCUGCUGCGGUCGCUACGGGGCUGGGCCGCCGGGGCGCUGCGGGGCAGCCGGCCGAGGACCUCCGGGAGCCCCGCCUCGGGCUCCGGGCCUCGGUACCGCGCUUGGCUUCCGGAUAGAGAGAAUGAAAAAGAGAAAAAGUCAGUGAUUUGUGUUGAGGGCAAUAUUGCAAGUGGAAAGACAACAUGCCUGGAGUUCUUCUCCAACACGACAGACAUUGAGGUGUUGAUGGAGCCUGUGCCCAAGUGGAGAAAUGUUCGUGGCCACAAUCCUCUGAGUCUGAUGUACGGUGAUGCCCGCCGAUGGGGCCUUACGCUGCAGACGUACGUGCAGCUCACCAUGCUGGACCAGCACACUCGUCCGCAGAUGUCACCUGUUCGGUUGAUGGAGAGGUCGAUUCACAGUGCAAGAUACAUUUUUGUAGAGAACCUGUAUAGAAGUGGGAAGAUGGCGGAAGUGGAUUAUGUGGUUCUCUCAGAAUGGUUUGACUGGAUCGUGAGGAACAUAAACGUGUCUGUGGAUCUGAUCGUUUAUCUCCGGACCACUCCUGAGAUCUGUUACCAGAGAUUAAAGAUGAGGUGCAGGGAAGAAGAGAAGGUCAUUCCCCUGGAGUACCUGGAAGCCAUUCACCGGCUGUAUGAGGAGUGGCUCAUCACUGGAGGUCUCUUCCCCAUAGAGGCCCCGGUCCUGGUGAUGGAGGCCGACCACGACAUGGAGAAAAUGUUAGAGCUCUUUGAACAAAACCGGGCCCGGAUAUUCACUCCGGAGAACUGGAAGCAUGGCCCAUAGGGUGGGAAAGAUCUGUAGGAUCAUGGCAGGAAGUUGCCUGCAGCUGCCAAGGUAGCUGUUAGGAACAAUUAGAAAAAAAAAAAAUCUCUUAGGAUAGCCUCUUACCUGGCCAGAUUUAUUUUCCUAACGGCCUUUUCUCUUUGGCCGAUGUCUUUAUCGUGGGACCAAUGGACUUAUCUGUCAUGCCCUUUGGGAUUUGCAGCUGCUCAUCCAUAACCUCUCAUGGCUUCCCACUGCCCGGUCCCGUCUCUGAAGCCCUUAGGCAGAACACCUGUUGUAAACCAGUGUCAGACUGUUUUCAGACUACCCAGCAGGGUGAGGAAGCAAUCUUACAUAUCCUAGGUACGGAUUCGCAGUUUAGAGAGGUCCAGGGACUCUCCUAAGCCACCCAGCCAGUGCACACAAAAGCCAGCACCAUUGGUCUGGGCUGCCUCAUCUUGAGCUCUGUUCCCUACCAUCUUGCCGCUGCCUGCUGUAACCUCUCACAUCUUUGUGGGGGAGAGCUGACAGUACAUGGAGCUGAUCUCACCCUCCCAAUUUUGACCAGCUCUCAAGGACACAAUCAGAAUUUCUAGACCUUCAUAAAACUGUGCUGUUUGGUUCUGGCCCAGUGAUGCGUGAUUUCUUGGCGCAGAGUUGCUGUAGCCUCAGCCCCCUGCUCAUCUGGAAGUGGACAGCCACGGAAUAGGCAAGAAAAUAGUCAGGGCCUGGCUGUUCAGCCCACUGCCAAGUUGGGGUCAGCCCAGCUUGUGGCGCUCCCUUAUUUCCUUAUGUUCCAGGAGCUUUGCUCUUGGAAUUACUGUCUUGAAUUAAGUCUUUUGAAAUGUUUUUCCAUCCCAGGGGACAUCUCAGGGCAUAGAGCAUGACGCCAUCUUUACUGGACCAGAAGAUAGUUUAGUUUUACUCAGCUGUAGCAGCACUGAGGGCUCAGCUAUAUCUUGAAAUGAAUGGGAAGCAAGAGGAAGGAAGAACAUCCCCUUUGGGAGGUAGUUAACAGGAAAAGGAUCUUGAAGUGUUGCUGCUCCUGGCUUUCUGGAACAGGGUGGAGAGCCCCCUAAGACAGCACAGCACUGGGAACGGUGACUGUGUGGCUAGUUGCAAAUGAGGAUUCCCUCCAACCCUCCCCCCAAAUGUGGACAUCUUCCCAAAGGGUACCAGGCACACCUUGUGGUCUAGCCCCAGAGAAUGCUAAUAGGUCAAGGAUUCUAGUUCUGGGUCCUGUCUGGACCAGUUCUUGAAUCUCGUCAACAGAAACUCAAAUGCUGCUAAUUAGCUAGAAAAGGGAGGAAGGCAGGAACCUUAGUACCAGAAACCCUCACAUAUUGGGACCAUCUUUGGGAGUUGACAAACAGUCCAGUACAUUUCCCCCUUGGCUCAAUUUGAGCAUUUGUUUUGGGAGAAAUGUGAUUUUCUUCUUGCUUAUGGUAGCCAAUAAAUCCAUCACCUAAA